CUCCCACCGUCGCUUACACCGUCUGACCCAAUCCCGACGUCGGGUUUUAAGCCGAGUCGAAAGAGAGAGAGAGAGCAGGGAGAACGGACCUCCACCGAGGUUCUUGAACAAUGGCUUUUACCAAUAAACUUGGGAAUCUAUUUAAGAAAGCUACAGCUUCCAAUCUUUCAGUGUAUCAAGCAAUACGAUCCAUGUCAUCCUCAAAACUCUUUGUUGGAGGACUCUCAUAUGGCACAGAUGAUCAGAGUCUGAGAGAAGCAUUCACCAGCUAUGGUGAAGUUGUGGAAGCUAGAGUUAUCAUUGACCGAGAGACUGGUAGGUCCAGGGGAUUUGGUUUUGUAACUUUUACAUCUGGUGAGGAGGCCUCUUCUGCCAUUACUGGACUGGAUGGAAAGGAUCUUCAUGGCCGGAUGGUAAGAGUCAACUAUGCUACAGAGCGGAGAGGAUUUCGUGGCGGCUAUGGCGGUGGAGGUGGCGGCUAUGGCGGUGGAGGCUAUGGCGGUGGCGGCUAUGGCGGUGGCGGCUAUGGUGGAGGUGAUGGCUACAAUGCUGGAGGGGGAUAUGGUGGCAGUACUGCUGGUGGCUAUAGUGGAGGUGGUAGUUAUGGCGGUGGUAGUAAUUUCGGUGGAGAUAGCUACGGCAGUGGAGGCGGCAGUUAUGGUGGUAGCAGUGGUGGUGGGGACUACAGUGUUGCUGGAGGAGGAGUUGGUGGUGACAACUAUGCCAGUGGUGCCGCUGGUGAUAACUAUGCCAGUGGUGCUGGUGGUGCGGCCGGUGGUUUUGGCAGCAGUGGUGGCUAUGGUGGGAGCAGUGCCACAGACUACGGCAGCAGCGUCAACCAAUUCAGCAGCAACACGAGCAGUGCUGAUGCUGGUUUUGAGAAUGAAAGUCAAGACAACUUGUUGGACGACACCGUGAAGGAUGAUGAUGAUGAGCCUGAUAACUAUGCUAACAAGCGAGGCUGAGGUCAACGAACCACCAUAUGCACAUCUUCGGAUGAAGAUUCAGACGAGUCACAGAUUGGGAGGGAUAAUGAUUAGCGUUGCCCAUCAUCAAAUCUCACGAGCGAAGUAUACAAAGAGGGCAUUAUCUGUAAACUUAGUGUUGCAGAAGCUAGCCCAUAACUAUUUUGUGUUAUUUUUUUGGCUUUUCUUUGCUUUAAUUAAUGUCGUGGAAAUCUGACCAGGGAAUUAAUACUGGUUUACUUCGACCUUAAUGUAGGGAUGCAUCUCUGUGCUGUGGACAUUUGUUCUAGAUAUCAUUUUUAAGAUUUCUUGCGAUCGCCUACCUACUCUUGA